GAAGAGCAUCAGAGUUUAGAAGACAGAGCAACACUGAGUGAAGAUGAAUUCCACUAUUUUAUUGUCUGUGUUGUUUUUCUGUGGCUUAACUUUGGCCCAGAACAAUGCUGCUGAGACAGAAGUCAUCAGGGAAACACAGUCAUGUUUUCCUGACAUGUGUAAGCUCCUACAAGAGUUGGGUGCCAUUAAAGAAAAUCAGAAAGCCAUGGAAACCAGACUGAAGGAGAGCGAAAACCAGAUUCUUGAACUGAAGAGCAAUGGUAGAGGAGCAACCAAGAUAGCAUUUAGUGCUGCAACAGGUGGGAACGGAGCCAUUGGACCCUUCAGCGGAGAGACAACAGUGAUCUACAGAAACGUGAUAACAAAUGUGGGCAAUGCUUACAAUCAGGUCACAGGUAUCUUUGUUGCACCUGUCCCUGGCAUCUACUACUUCACCUUCUUUUAUCAUGCUGGAGGAUCAAAUCGUGUGUAUCUGGCCCUCAUGAAGAACAACCAGGAUGUUGUGACAGCCUAUGACCACCAGACUAACCAUGAUGGGGCUGAUAAUGGAGGCAAUGCAACAUUCCUGCAGCUUCAGCAAGGGGACCAAGUGUAUGUGCGCUUAGGUGCAAACACACAUGUAUGGGGGAACAAUGAAAUCACCACCUUUAGUGGUGUUCUUCUGAAUACUCUCUAAGAAAGACUGAAUAACUAAUGUUGGCUCCUAAAACGAUAUUACUUACUUCUUUAAUAGAUCUACUUGCUAUUCUUUUUGUGUGUAGUUAAAAGUUUUAAUAAAAAUGAUUUUCAUGUUGUUAUUUGACUUUAUUCUGUAAUCUCUUCACUAGUUUUGAUGUCUUUAGUAAAACCUUUUUUAUUGAAUGAUGAUUGCUAUGCAAAUAAAAUUUAGAGACGUUAACCAUA